AUGUUUUAUGUGCCAGAAGAAACGGUAUUUCCUACUUUAUUCUUUGCAAUAGCGAUAAUUAUCGCAAAAUCUGUUUACGGUAUUCCAGUACGUGAAUUUCAAAUAAUUACUGAUCCGGAUGCAGCAAUAGCUGCUGAUGGUGGACCAAUCGAUUUAUUAGUUUCAUCACGUUCUGGUGAUAAACAAAAUAAUCAACGAUUAUUUGGUACAUUUUCGGCUGCAGGAAGAAAUUAUGAAACUUCUGGUGAUAUUGUACAG